UGGCAAAUCUAUUGGGUCUGUCACUAAAUUAUAAUGAUGAAACUGUAGUGCACAUUCAGUGCCAUUCCGAUGAGGAUGAUAUAUACAUCACAACUUUAUAAAAUAUUUAUCUCCGUAAAGCUGUCUUGAGAUAAUGUCCACUGUUAAAACCGUUUUACAAAUAAACCCGAGUUAAACUGAACUGAAUUCUUUUUGACAAUCAGAUGUUUUGCACACCAGAUCACGCGGUUUUGAAUUCAGCCUGUGGCUCCCUCUUGCGGUGAGGCAAAGUCUUUUUAUGGGUUGUUAAGCCGGAGAGUGUGGUUUUGGAUUAGUGCCAUAAGGUAGGGAGGGGGCCCCCGCCUCUUCCCCGCGCUCUCCGGAGCGGCGCGCGAGCUGCACCACUUCUGUUCGCUAUGUGUCCACCGGCAGCACGCGCUCUCCGUGCGCUCCUGCUCGUGCUCUGGGCCCUCAGCCCGACGCUCACAGCAUUUAAACCACUCCAUCCACGCAAUGUGAAGCUAACGUCAGUGGAGAAGGGCUUAAAGGUGACAUGGGACCCACCUAAUGAGUUGGAUGGUCGUCCAGUGGAUCGAUACAGUAUCGGCUAUGGCAAAUCCAUGCGGUCUUUGCGAGUCAUCAAAGUGGACAAGGACCGCCGCUCCGAGGUACUAGAGGAUGUAGAGCCUGGAGUCCUGCACUUUCUCAAGAUCAGUUCUGAGAAUGAGGAGGGAAUGAGUAAACCAGUCUACAGAGCAGAAACUCCAGGAGGUGGGGAGUGGGUAAAACUUGAUGGUUUUGCUGUUGAAGGUGGCUCUUCUGCAAACGGCUCCUCACCAGGUAGGAGGUCACCUGAACUCUCCUCUAGGAUAAGCACUCGCCCUACAAAUCUAAGACCAACAGUGUUACGUCAGAGGGCCCCUCAGUCUUCCGCAGGACCUGAGGCUCCACAAAGAGGAGGACACCUGCCUAUCCGGUCUCAAAGCAAACCUAGGGUGGACCUCAGUCAGCCCCAAGCUGACCAGCGCAAUGCUAAACCUAAACUAGCAUCUGAGUCCAUCUAUGUGGUGUCACUGCAGGGACAGAAGAACGUGCCAGCAAGCAAGAUUGUCCAUACAGAAAUACCUCCUCCAGAGCAAGAAGAUGUAGAGGAGGUGGAAGACAUCACAGUGAGGAUUCUGUCUCCCCAGUCUGUAGCAAUCACAUGGGUGGAUCCACUUGUCAAGAAACAGAAAAGUAUUCCUGAAGGUACCAGGCAAUAUACUGUGAGGUAUAGGGAGAAGGGAGAGUCUGCUCGCUGGGAAUUUAAGGAGACCUUACAGAGGCGACUUGUGAUUGAGAGACUCUCUGCUGAUGGAAUGUAUGAAUUCUCUGUUCGAAUCACUCAGGGAGACCAGCAUGGAAAAUGGAGUGUAUCCGUAUUCCAACGGACUCCUGAGUCAGCACCCUCUGGCCCUCCUGAGAACUUCGAGGUGACACCACUUAGAGGGAAGGGCACAGCGGUCACUGCUACAUGGGAUCCACCUGAAGAACCCAAUGGUAAACUCAGAGAAUAUAUACUGUCCUAUGCUCCAGCUCUGAAACCCUUUGGAGCAAAGUCAUUAACAUACCGUGGUAGUGUUACCUCAGCCACCAUUGAUGGGCUGACACCUGGGGAACGAUACAUCUUUAAAAUUCGUGCAUCUAACAGGAAAGGGCAAGGACCACAAUCUAAAGCCUUGAGUGUUGCAAUGCCAGGAUCCAGUAGUACUGCCUCACGACAUUCCAUCCAGUCCAAAAGCCCCUCCAGAACAUCUGCAUCUGAUUCCUUAGAAGAUCAGGAUACAGAACACACGAAAGAAUCUGAUACCCAUACCACCACUUCUCCACCCACAAACAAGAAGUCUCGCCCUCUUUCUCAAACACGGUCUUAUCACAGCAUUUUUUCAUCUUUAAGGGGCUCUGUCAGGAAUUCAGGUACCAACUCUAGGACAACUGUCAGCCGUGAUAAAGAACAUGAAGAGGAGACACCAACAGACACUCCCAAAGAAGAUGAAGAAACGGCAAAUGAAGCUGUAGAAGAUACGCAACCUGAAAAUACUAACAAUGUUCCAUCAAAAACCGAGAAUGAUGAACAACAGAAAGUUUCAACUGCAGCUAAGGAAUCAAACCCUAUUCUCAGAGGUUCAUUACCCAAAACUCAUUCCUUCCCUUCAAAGUCAUUGACACCUCGCACACCUUCUGUUGUCAAUACCGGGCGUAUAAGACGACCACCUUUUAGUACUUCGGGGACACGGUCAAGGUUUCAGAAAGGAACAUCUUCCAGUUUACCCAAAAGCCAGGACUCAGUAGUCUCAAAGACAGUCCACACUAGCUUAUAUCCUGAAGAUAAGGUUGGUACUAGUGUAGCAAAAUCAUUCACCCCAUCACCUCAGGAAACUAAGAUGGAAACAGAGAGAGAGUCAAUAUCUUCAUCAUUGUCAGUGCCAUUGUCAUCAGCAGGGACAGGUAGAGUGUCAAGCCCAGCAAGUCAUGCAAGUAAAUCAGGGCUUGGCCCUCUUUAUCAGAAUGGUAGGAGAAUAACGCAAGCUAAUGGUCACAGAUAUCAAACAAGACAAAAAACAUCUGUAAGCUCAGCUGCUUUAUCACAGCCUUCAACAGUAUCAAGUACUGAUGAGCAGGAUACCCACCCAACCAGCAUCUUGGACACAAAACAUGACAGUAAAAAUGACCACAGAAUGAAAGUUAAAAAUAAAGACACACCUUCCUCUUUUCAGUAUACCACUCAUGUUCCCCCUACAAUAAAAGUAGAAAAGGCACAGAAUCUUGAUAACAAUAAUUAUAAAGACAAGACUGUUAACAGUUAUUUGCCUUCAUCUCAGAUUCCUUCUACACAAAGCCCAGGACAUGGUUCCUCUGUAUCCAAUAGAAAUUCCAGGAUAGUAGUUGGAAGUAGUCAAAGAAAAGAUGGCAGGGUCCCCUGGAGCAGGACAGCUUCUUCUGUAGGAGCAGGAAGGCCAAUUCUGAGAGGAAUGCCAGUUAAUCCAUCAGUUUCAGGAGAGCAUGUCAAUGGUAAAAUCAAAACAUCCCCAACAACCAACACCACUAAACAUUUGGUUAACCCUAACCUUGUAAAGCCCACUGUAAACAGCAGGCAUGAAACCCCAAGCAAUGGACAGACAACUUCCAAUGAUCACAUACACAAAGAAGAAACAGGUUCAAGUAAUGAUCACAAACAUGAUUAUCUCUCUGAGGUCAGCAAAGAAACCCAUGAUAUUGGAAAUAAGAAUUCAGAACCAACUGCUUCCUCCAAAACAGUUGUCUCAGAUGUUAAAGAUAUUCAACAGUCUGGUCAAACCUCAGAGGAUAGCUCUCAUUUAUCCUAUACAACUCUCAGUAGACUUGGUUUGGGUUCAAAUGGAAAGGUUCGUUCUGCUCUGCUGGCCAGUCGACUGAAUGAGUUACGGUUGCGUGGUAAAUUACAGACAGUACCAAAUAAACCACAGGGCUCUGCUGCUAAACAAACAUCCAUAUCACCACCCACUUCAACUGCUUCAUCCUCUUCUCCCUCCCAGAACAUGGAACACAAAGCUUCAACUGCAGAUCAAGACACAGGUGCUAGGCAAAAUGCUAAUGUUAGAUCAACUAUGGGAUCAGCCUCACAUUCAUCCCUGAGUAAUCCUGCUACCGAUCAAAAUUCUGGUGGCGAUACACCAACUGAUAUUAAAACCCCCUUAGCAGCUCCAGCUAGAAAUCCAGUGGUGAGAUCACGCUAUCCAAGCAGAUCUGACAAACAUUUCAGAGGAAAAACCCCAGUCAGCAUUCACAAACCUAGUUAUGUGCAAGGCAAGAAUGGACGACCAAAUCUUACAGCUACAAAUGGCAAAAUUGUAUCUACAUCAAAUGAAAAUACAAAAGGAAAUGGAGUCAAAUAUAUUACAGGCCCCGAUGGAGCCAGAUGGGUUGUAGAUCUGGAUAAAGGAGUCUUAAUGAAUGAAGAUGGAAAGGUUUUGCAGGACUCUAGAGGGCGGCCCAGGAAAGUAGUCAUUGGAGAGGAUGGAAAAACAAUUUUUGAUGAGCAGGGUACCCCAUUAGUAAACCAGGAAGGUAUGGCUUUGUUUGGUCAUGGUAGGGACAGUCGGCCUGUGGUUAACCCCAAAGAUAAGUAUCUCACUGUGGGAGGGAAACCAGUAGUGGGCUUGGAUCGUCCUAUACCCAGUACUACAACACCAACAACCACAACUACCACAACACCUUCAACUACAACUACAACUACAACCACCACCACCACCACCACCACUACCACUACCACCACAACCACUGCUGAACCAACAACAACAGAAAUUACAACUCUGGAGUCUACAACUGAAGCUUUGCCAACCUGUCCCCCUGGAACAUUUGCUAGGCUGGAUAACAAUGACAUGCCUAUUAUGGAUGCUGAUGGAAUACUGGACUGCUACACAAGUGAUGAGUUUUCAAUUGAGACCACCAUAUUUCCUACCACCACUCAGCUGCCCACUACUAUUUAUGCCCCUACUACUGAUUUCCACACCUUUAACAACAGCCCAAUCUCUGAGUUUGAUGCUGCUGGCAAAAAACGCUUCACAGCUCCAUAUGUGAACUACAUUCAAAAGGAUCCUGGCGCUCCCUGUUCCCUGACCGAAGCUCUAGAGUACCUGCAGGUGGAUGUGCUGGCUAAUCUUAUUGAGAAGGACAGAGUUACACCCAGCCAAAGGCAGCCGCCCAAACACAAGCCACAUAACAUCACUGUGAUUGCCAUGGAGGGCUGUCACUCAUUUGUUAUUCUGGACUGGGCCCGCCCGUUGAAGGAUGACAUGGUGUCAGGUUACAUGGUGCACAGUGCCUCCUAUGAUGAUGUCCUGAAUAACAGAUGGUCAUCCAGUCUCUCAUCUGGAACCCACCUAGCUGUGGAGAACCUCAAGCCAAACUCCAGGUAUUACUUCAGAGUUCAAGCAAAGAAUGUUUUUGGUCUGGGGCCAAUCAGCGAAACUUUAACAUAUGUUACAGAAUCAGAUGACCCUCUUCUCAUAGAGAGACCUCCAGGUGGCGAGCCUAUUUGGAUUCCAUUUUCCUUUAGGUUCAACCCUACCCAUAGUUCCUGUAAAGGAAGUCAAUUUGUCAAGCGUACCUGGUACAGGAAGUUUGUGGGUGUGGUCCUGUGUAACUCACUGCGCUACAAGAUCUUUAUGGGAGAUGGACUUAAAGAAACGUUCUACAGUAUUGCUGAUUCUUUUGGCAACGGAGAAGACCACUGUCAGUUUGUAGACUCACAUUUGGAUGGAAGAACAGGCCCACAAACUCUUUCAACCUACCUACCCCCAGCUCAAGGUUACUAUCGCUCAUACAGACAAGAGCCUGUAAAUUUUGGGCCCAUAGGCAGGCGUACGCCUCAUCAGUUUGUGGGCUGGUAUGAGUGUGGCGUCCCUAUCCCUGGGAAAUGGUAACAGAGGACAUUCUGAGUGCCAGUUAUCAAUUCCUACCACACCCAGCCUUUCUGAAUUAUAGGUCCAAAAAAAAAAAAAGAACUUUUACCAAACGCAACAAUUGAAACCAACAUGUUUCUUUUAGAGAGGACAUUAUACUUCAAAUAACAUUUUCUAUAUAACUGUUCCAAUAUCAAGCACCUUUUAAAAGCAAUCUGUAUAUUAGGAAAUACAAGCAUGUGUGCUCAAACUAUUAACAACAUUAUCAGGUACAUUGAAUAACUGCCAGUGACAAUGGCUUUGAUGGCUUCUUAUUAAUGUUGGUAACAUUAAGUAGUUUGAUACAAACUCUUACCAUUGCAAUGACAUACAAUAAUGAUGUAACAAAUGAUUGUCUACGAUUAUAUUUUUUUGUAUAAUUUUUAAUAACUUUGCUAGUUUUGUACUCAUGUUUUCUAUCUUCUUACCUUGAAUGGCAGAUUGCUUGGAAAUAUUGCCCAUAUUAGGGCAGAUAAAAAGGUAAAUUUAUUUGCUCAGGAAGGUCAAAUACUGAAUAAAGAAGUACAUCACCUAUA